AUGUACUUGCGACGUAGACGGACCCUGAAGCCGGAUAUGAGACGGUCGGAGCAGAUGGACGAGGACAAGUUGUGGUCGCCGCGGGAGGAGCGGCCGAAGCUGAGUCCGCGGUUGCUGGAUGAUGAAGACGAGGACGGGCCUGGUGCUGCGGGCGGCUCCGAGACGGAGGCUUGUCUCGGGGAUGAGGGGGAAGGGGUUGAAGAGGAAAAGGCGUUGCCCAUCUAUGUGUCGAUGCACCGUGUGCGACGACUGAUCAUCGCGAGCAUCGAUGAUCCUUACACACUCGAUCAACUGAGCGACCCUCGACUCAACGUCCUCAUCGUCAGACCUCUCGUCGAUAGACUUUACAACCCGAAGGACAUCACAAUAGUCUACUGCCUCCUCGCAAACCGCCUCUACUUCCUCCGCCAACAAGCAACAACGGUGCAUCAACCCGUCAACAUAGCUCGCGCAACCCUCUGCGAACUCGUCGCAACCCGCACCCUCCGCCGCUUCCACGAAGACAAUCCCGGAUCCCAGGGCCUGCUCUUCCUCUCGCACAUCCUCGUCGGCGGCUUCGACCCCUUCCAGGGCGCCCCCGAGGCCGUCGAGUUCGAGGGUCGGAGACAGUGGGCGGUGCAGGAACGCGGCGGCCUGGAACGCAAGCUGACGGCGCUCGAGCUGGCCAUCCUCUCGGAGAGCAAGACCUUCAUCAGCUCCGCGGGCUGCCAGAGGGUCGUGAACGCCGUCUACGAGGGGCGGGUGAUCUACACGCCGCUCUCCUUCGUCGACAUCCUCCCGGACCACUACAAGUACCACCCCAUCUCGCUCUACGACCCCCGCAAGGCGCCGAUCCUGAACCACUACCGCCUCAUCGUGCCGCGGUCGCGCAACCUGAUCGAGUUCAUCCAGUUCCUGAUCCUCAUGGUCCUGUACUUCCUCGCGAUGCUGUACCGGCGCAGCAGCAACGAGGUGUUCGAGUUCCUCUUCUGCAUCUACGCCGCGGGCUGGGUCCUGGACGAGCUCGCGGCCAUCGUCGAGCACGGCUGGGAGGUGCACGCGCAGAACCUCUGGAGCUGGCUCGACGUCACCUUCUCCUUCAUCUACGGCGCCUACGUCGUCGCGCGCGUCUUCGACGUCGCGGCCGGCCGCUUCCCGGACGGCCACGGGCUGCACGUGCUGCCGCUCGCGGCGCCGAUCCUGCUCACGCGCGCGGCCUUCAACAUCGCCCCCGACAACAUCGUGCUCAUCUCGCUGCACGCCAUGAUGAAGGACUUCAUGCUGCUCUCGCUGCUCGCGUGCUGGUGCUUCAUGGGCUUCCUGCUCGCGCUGCAGUGGCUGAUCGACUCCAACGACAACCCGAACGAGACGCCCUCGUGGUUCACCAUCUGCAAGUGGAUGCUCUGGAUCUGGUUCGGGCUGGACGGGACGGGCAUCGAGGAGAGCGUGCAGUUCCACGUGGCGCUGGGGCCCGCGCUCAUGAUCGGGUUCGCGUUCCUGGGCAACACGCUGUUCCUGACGAUCCUCGUCGCGAUGCUGACCAACACCUUCUCCAAGAUCAUCGCGGACGAGACGGCCGAGGUGCAGUUCCGGAGGGCGGUGCUGACGUUCGAGGGGGUCAAGAGCGACGCGAUAUUCGCGUACCCGCCGCCGUUCAACGUCUUCGCGUUGGCGACGCUGCUGCCGCUGCGGUUCGCGGUGAGCGCGGAGACGUUUCACAGGGUGAAUGUCGCGCUGGUGCGGGUGCUGAAUCUACCGACGCUGUUGGUGAUUAGUCUGUACGAGAGGCGACAGUUUUCGAGGAGGCAGAGGGGAAGGAGGACGAGGAACGGGCUGCUUGGGUGGCGGCAGUUUUCGGGGUUCUCGCCGCACGGGGAUAUUCAGGCUGUUUUUGAGACGAGGCCGCCUCCUGAUGUGGCUGACUUGAUUGAGGGGUUGGAUCGGCUUGACGAGAAGGACGAGGAUGGGGUGACGGAGAGGGGGAGGAGUGGGAGGUGGAGGUCUCGGGUGAGGGCGGGGACUUUGGAGCAUGAUGAAUAG